AUGCCCAAGCUAGAUAUUUCACCCAUGUUAGCUGAUAUUUAUCAAUGCUCCAUAGACACAGGAAUCGUGCCUUUUAAGUGGAAAAAUGCAAAUAUAUGUGGGAUCAUCAAAAAAGGGAAAAAAUCAGAUCCGGUUAAUUAUAGACCUAUUUCACUGACUUGUAUCGCCUCUAAGAUAUUGGAACAUAUAAUUCACAGUCAUGUUAUGAAACAUUUGCAACAAAACAACGUGCUAACGGACUGUCAACAUGGAUUUAGGGCAAAAAGAUCAACCGAAACCCAACUUAUUGUAACCAUACAUGAUCUGGCGAAUACAAUUCAACGUGGUGAAUCAACGCACGUUGCAGUCUUGGACUUUUCGAAAGCUUUUGACAAGGUACCCCAUCAACGUCUUUUGAGGAAACUGCAUUAUUAUGGAACUUGUGGAGAGCUACUUGAUUGGUUCGAGUCUUUUCUUUCACAACGUUAUCAGUCUGUUGUCUGUGAAGACAAAGCAUCUAGCCCCCUACUUGUGACGUCAGGAGUUCCCCAAGGGACAGUGCUUGGCCCGCUCCUAUUUUUACUGUACAUUAAUGACUUGUCGGACAACUUACAGUCAACUGUGAAACUUUUUGCUGGUGAUGCCUUAUUAUAUGAUGUCAUUACGAGUGAUUCAGAUUGUGACCGCCUACAGGAUGAUCUACAUAAGCUGGAACAGUGGCAAAAUUAA